UGGUGCCAAUUGCUUUGAACUUCAAACUGUUGACACAAAAUUGGAUCAACAUUUCAUCUUGUAUUUUACAGAAAAGCAUUGGAAAACGCGAAAAUUCAACCUAUCUAGGAUAGCAACAGUUACACCAUCAUUCCUACCAAUCAAUAUUUGAAUCAAUUAGAUGUCUGUAUCCAAAGCAUUACAGUUUAUGGAUAAAAAAGAUCUUGAGUGUGCCAUCUGCCUCAACAGGUUUCACCAACCAAAGACACUGAAAUGCACGCACACCUACUGUCUACAGUGUAUCCAGAAAUGGGUGGAAACUCAUGAGGAGAUGAAAUGUCCAACUUGUAAGCAAGAACAUGAUCUAACGAAAGAAGACCUAAAUAAGCUGGCUUCCAAUACAAAGAUAAGUCAACUACUAGAGUAUGUCAUGAAAACAGAGGAUCAAAAACCAACUAAAUGCUCUUGCUGUGACAACCAACCAGCAUACCAUUGCUUAACAUGUCAACUGUUUCUAUGUGGAAGUCAAUGUGUCAAACAACACAAGAUGAUACCUUCAACUAAGGAUCAUCCACUUUACACACUAGACAUAAAGGAACCAGAUGGCCAACCAACCAAUUGCCAAGUUCACUGCAACACCCCACUGGAAUUUUACUGCUCCAAUUGCAACAAAUCAGCAUGCAAGCGAUGUGAACACAUCCUUCGUUGUUAUCAAAAACAACAUGAAGUGAUUCCAAUGUCAACUGCCAUAGAAGAAUUUAACAAAAAUGCCACUGAACUUGUCAAAUUAGCACAGGAAAUCGAAAAUAAAUUAACAGAAAAACUAGAAUUCAUAGAUAAAAAUAAGUCAUUAUCUAAAUCACAACUAAAGUUAAGUAGAACAGCCAUUGAAAUUCAAGAAAAUAAACUUAUUAAGAAAGUUAAAGAAAAAAGCAAGGAAUUAACUUUGAAAUUGGAAAAAAUACACAAAGAAGAAGAAGAUGCUAUUGAUAGUAAAUUUAAAGAUAUUGAUUCAAAGAGAACUCAAUUGAAUAAUCUAAUGGCCAAAGUCAAUAAAAUGAUGAACAAACCAGAAGAAAGAGAAGCACUUGGAUCCCAUACGACAACUAUCAACACAGUCAGAGACAAGGUCCUAGCAACUGACUUUGAUAAAUCAUUUGAUAAAAUAAAUAUGACACCAAAAUUCAUUCCAUGUACCCACUUGGAUGAGUUGAUGAAUACAGAGGGCAUCGGUAAAAUAAUAACUGCUGAUAUGACGUAUGAGGUUGCUGAUGAUGAUAAAGAAAUUACCGUUCCAAAAGGACAACCAUUUGUAGUGAAAGUAUCAAGUCUAUCAGAGAGUGAUGCAUGCCAAUUAGCUGCAACAUUAAUAAACUCAUCAGGUGAAGAAUCACCAACUGACGUAGAAUAUGAUGGAAAUGGACAGUACACAAUAACAGGUAGAUGCAAUGUGGAAGGUGAUUGGCAAAUGAAGAUAACUGCUAGAGAUGAGCACAUCAAAGGAUCUCCAGUGAAUAUCAAGGUGGAAAAACUGGGACUUGUUCAUACCAUUGAUAACAUAUCUGAUUAUAAAGAACAUAACAAGGAAUUUAAAGUGACAGAUUUAGUGUUAAAUAGAGAUGGAUGCAUAUUAGUAUCAAGCCGUAGCAAAUAUAUAUUGAAGUUCAACCAAUUAGGUUCAUUUGUUGCUAGGAUACAGGUGCCACAAAUUGUGGCGAUCAAUAGAAUGCAUCUAAUGAGUGAUGGUCACAUGAUAUAUAGUGAUGCCAUAGCAAAAUGUGUAGUAUUGUGUGAUGAAAAUUUCCAAGAAGUCCGUUCAUUUGGUAAAGGCAUGUUCAAAUUUCCAUUUGGCUUGACAUUAAACAAGGAAACUAGAGCUUUGUAUGUAGCAGACAAUAAUGCUCACUGUGUGUAUAAAUUCAAUGUUGACGAUGGCAGGCUACUGGGUGAGAUAGGUUCAGAAGGUAGUGAAGUAGGUCAAAUGAUGUAUCCACAAGAUGUCAUCUUAACUAAGGAAGGUCAUGUGGUUGUUGCUGACUUCGGAAAUGAGAGAAUACAAAUGUUUGAUGCAAAUGAUAAGUUUAUGAGAAUAAUUGUAGGCACUGGUAAGAAAGAUGGUAAAGUUUGGGGUCCUCAUGGUGUAACCAUGGAUAUGGAUGAAAAUAUAAUAGUAUCAAGUAAUCAUAAACUACAAUUAUUUGAUAAAAAUGGUGUAUUCCUAGCACGAAUAGAUCAUAAAGAUGAUGAAUUAGAUAGUCCACUAGGAAUCACUGUAAUCUCCAACAGACCAAGAAGAGUAGCAGUAGCCAAUCACAGACCAAAUAAUGUAAAAAUAUUCAAUUAUUAAAAUGACACAUUGAAAAGCUCAUUAACUGGCUCCAAUAUUAGAUAAUGUAAAAUAAUACUUGUCAUAUCUUCAGUUUUUUAAUACAUCAAUAAAUAUUUUUGACAAAUAUAUUCAAUCAGAUUCAAAUAAAAUGAAUGAAUGAGAAUAACUAUUACACUAUUAAUGUUUAUACAUCACUCAAUUAAUUAUUUUAUUCCAUCAGAUGGUAAUUUUAUUGUCAUGUACAAAAAAAAUAAUUGAAACUCUACAAUAAUUUUUAUUUCUGUAUUUAUAUGGCUGUAAUAAAUAUUAUAAUAUAUUGAAUAAAUAAAUGAAAUGAAUGAAUGAAUGAGCGAGUGAAUAAAAAGUUGCAUGUGAGUUGACAUGUCUCUGAAUGAGCAUAAUCUAGAUAGUUUUAAUAGGAACAAACAUAAAAUUAGAAUAAUUAUUAUAAAUCUUUGUAUUGAAUUGCAUUUUAAGUAAUGAUGUUGAGCACUGAUACCCAAUGAGAACUGUUCAAAUGAACUUUAUUUGGUAAUUCAUUCCCAAUUAAUUAUAAAAAUUCUUAUGUAUAUUGCAUUGUGUUGUGUUUUAUAUGUUGUAAGCUAUACUCUUCAGUAAAAUUGAAAAAAUGUACUGUAUUUUACUAAGUUUAUUAUCUUAUUUACAUAUUUUUAUGUCCUGGGUAAAAAAAAAGUUUAAAAAAAAUGUAAAUUGAAAUUGAAUUAUUCAAUUAUGUAACUCUAAGCAUCUGCUACAACUCUGUUACAUCUCACCUGGAAAGAAGUCAACCAUUUGUUUAAAUGUUUCAUGUCUUCUCUUCAUUUGUUGUUCCUCUGUUAGUGGUGGAUCAUCAUCA